AAAAGGCAGUUAUGAAAUCAUAAAAGCAAAGUAGAUGCCAUUCAGACCUGUAAUGUUUGCUAAAGACAAAUAUAAAAUAUAAAAAGUAACAUCUUUAAAUAGAAAGAACUGUCCAGUUUAUGAGUGGGUUAUUUUAAAGGCAGGCCAACAGUUUCUUUCUUCAUUAUGAUUCUGUUUAUGUUCCAGACUGACUGUAGCAGGAACAUAGUUCACAUUUUAUACAGUGAUUGCUCUAUCCAUUCCAAAGCACUUUCAUGAUGAGGAGGAGCCUGGCAUGCCUCACGAGUCAGCAGAGGAUUUGUUUCAUUUCAACGUUGGGGGCUGGCAUUUCUCAGUUCCCAGAAGCAAACUCGCUCAAUUCCCAGACUCCCUGCUGUGGAAAGAGGCUUCAGCUUUGACUUCUUUGGAAAACCAGAGGCUGUUUAUUGACAGAGAUGGUUCCACAUUUAGGCACGUGCACUAUUACCUCUACACCUCCAAACUCUCCUUCUCCAGUUGUGCAGAACUGAACUUGCUCUAUGAGCAAGCACUGGGUUUGCAGCUGAUGCCUUUGCUACAGACUCUAGAUAAUCUGAAGGAAGGGAAACACCAUCUCCGCGUGCGGCCUGCAGACAUUCCUGUUGCCGAGAGAGCAUCUCUGAACUACUGGCGAACGUGGAAGUGUAUCAGCAAACCCUCGGAAUUUCCUAUAAAAAGCCCAGCCUUCACAGGCCUACACGAUAAGGCACCUUUGGGGCUCAUGGACACACCACUGCUAGACACGGAAGAGGAAGUGCACUACUGCUUCCUGCCCUUAGACCUAGUGGCCAAGUAUCCAAGCCUGGUGACUGAGGACAACCUGCUGUGGCUGGCUGAGACGGUGGCCCUGAUCGAGUGCGAGUGCAGCGAGUUCCGGUUCAUUGUGAAUUUUCUUCGCUCACAGAAGAUUUUACUACCAGAUAAUUUCUCCAAUAUUGAUGUGUUAGAAGCAGAAGUGGAAAUUCUAGAAAUCCCUGCACUCACUGAAGCUGUGAGGUUGUACCGGAUGAACAUGGGUGGCUGUUCCCGGACCUCCUGUCCUCCCCCAAGCCCGGGGAAGGGGGGCCGUGCAGCCGGCCUGGAGGCUGUGAAGCCACUGUACAUGAUGGCCCUGGGUGUGCUGGUCAAAUACCCAGACUCCGCCCUGGGACAGCUCCGCAUCGAGAGCACGCUGGACGGAAGUAGACUGUACAUCACGGGGAAUGGGGUUCUCUUCCAGCACGUCAGGAACUGGCUGGGGACUUGCCGGCUGCCCCUGACGGAAACCAUUUCUGAGGUGUAUGAGCUCUGUGCCUUCCUGGACAAGAGGGACAUCACCUAUGAGCCAAUGAAAGUGGCUCUGAAGACUCAUCUGGAGCCGAGGACUCUGGCGCCCAUGGAUGUGCUCAAUGAGGAGUGGAUGGCAGAGAUUACUGUGUACUCCCCCCAACAGAUCAUCAAGGUUUAUGUUGGAAGCCACUGGUAUGCAACCACCCUGCAGACCCUGCUGAAGUAUCCAGAACUGCUGUCCAACCCUCAGAGAGCGUACUGGAUCACGUAUGGGCAGACCCUGCUGAUCCACGGAGAUGGCCAAAUGUUUCGACAUGUUCUCAACUUCCUGAGACUUGGAAAACUGUUCUUACCAUCUGAAUUUAAGGAGUGGCCCCUCUUCUGCCAGGAGGUGGAGGAAUACCACAUCCCAUCCCUCUCAGAAGCCCUUGCCCAGUGUGAGGCGUACAAGUCAUGGACCCAGGAGAAGGAAUCUGAAAAUGAAGAAGCUUUUCCCAUCAGGAGGUUGCAUGUGGUGACGGAAGGGCCCGAGUCGCUGGUGGAGUUUGGUAGAGAUGCCAAAGAAACCAUAGCCUGCAUGCCUGGGGACUUCCAGGACUGCAGUGACAGGACUCCCUGGAACAAGGUCAAGGGGACCCUCGCCAGGUCCAGCCAAAUGGAGGAGACUGAGCAGUACUCCCGCGCCAUCCAGAUGUCCUUGUGCCGAGGUGCCAAGCGGGCAGGCAAUCCCAGCACAUACUCCCACUGUUCCAGCCUAUGUGCCAACCCCAGACACUGGGGGGCCUGCCCUGAAAGUCCCCCCAAAAAGAAGUCCACCACAGUCAACCUCACACAGAAAUGUGAAACCAAAGACCCUCCUGUCACACCCAUGCAAAAACUCAUCUCCUUGGUGAGGGAAUGGGACAUGGUCAAUUGCAAACAAUGGGAAUUCCAGCCUCUGCAGGCUCCUCGGAGCAGCGCCUUGGAGGAGGCCACCCUGCAGCUCCCCUCCGGGAGUGAGGCUGCUUCCCAGCCCAGUACCUCAGCUUCCUGGAAAGGUCAUGCCACAGCCCCAGAGAAGGACCCAGGUCUGCAGGCAGGGGCUGGAGCUGGAGCCAAAGACAAAGGGCCAGAGCCAACGUUUAAACCAUACUUCCCCACAAAAAGAGCUGUCACCCUGAAGGACUGGGGCAAGCCAAAGUCAAAGGAGAGAGAAAGCCCUGACCCUGAGCAGCCUCUGCCUGAGGCCAGUGACCUAGACAGCGCAGGGGUCAUCCUCAAGGUGAGCCACCCCCCUGUGGUGGGCAAUGAUGGCUCCUGCAUGUUCUUUGAGGACAGCAUCGUCUACACCACACAGAUGGACAUCCUGAGGCACACACUGCCCUCAGCCAGCCCCCUGCCCCGAGAGGUGACCUUCCUGAGUUUCUCUCUGUCCUGGGAAGAGAUGUUUUAUGCACAGAAAUGUCACCGCUUCCUGACUGACAUCAUCCUGGAUUCCAUCAGACAAAAGGACCCCAAAGCCAUCACAGCCAAGGUGGUCUCCCUGGCCAACCGACUGUGGACCCUGCACAUCAGCCCCAAGCAGUUUGUGGUGGAUUUGCUGGCCAUCACCGGCUUCAAGAAUGACCGGCAUACCCAGGAACGCCUGCACAGCUGGGUGGAGCUCACACUGCCUUUCGCCAGGAAAUAUGGCUGCUGCGUGAACCUGCUCGUCCAGAGGGGCCUGUCUAGGUCUGUCUCUUACUCUAUCUUGGGCAAGUACUUACAAGAGGGCUAGGGUACCCAGAGACACUACCCCCACAUGUCCCAGGCUUCCAAGACUCAUUUGAACCAAGGAUGUCCCAGAAUUCAUGUAUCAGUCUAUUUUUUAUUAUAAACAAAU